ACAUGAGAUUGUUGGUGAAGCGACAGAGGUGGGGAGCAAGGUGAUCAAGUUCAAAGUUGGGGACAGAGUAGGAGUGGGGUGCCUGGUUGGAUCAUGCCACUCCUGCGACAAUUGCACCAACAAUCUUGAGAACUACUGUCCAAAAAUGGUACUCACCUUUGGUGCCAAUCGUAUUCCAGACAGCCUGUCACUUGAUGCCGCUGCUCCUCUUCUCUGCGCUGGGAUUACUGUUUAUAGUCCACUGAGAUACUAUGGACUUGAUAAGCCUGGCUUGCAUGUUGGAGUGGUUGGCCUAGGUGGGUUAGGCCAUGUAGCAGUGAAAUUCGCUAAGGCUAUGGAGGCAAAGGUGACAGUGAUCAGCACCUCUCCUAACAAGAAAAAGGAAGCUAUUGAAAAACUUGGCGCUGAUGCAUUUUUAGUUAGCCAUUACAAAGAUGAGCUGCAGGCCGCCAUGGGCACCAUGGAUGGUAUCAUAGAUACAGUAUUUGCGCAACACUCUCUACUUUCAUUAAUUGGGAGGAAGAUGGUGGAUGGGAGUUGUAUAGGAUGGAUGAGGGAGAUACAAGAGAUGAUUGAUUUUGCUGCCAAACACAACAUUACUGCAGGUAUGGAAGUUAUACUAAUAGACUAUGUGAACACUGCUAUGGAACGCCUGUUGAAAGCAGAUGUUAAAUACAGAUUCGUCAUCGACAUUGCUAACACAUUGAAAUCCAACUCUUAAAUUUCACCGCUGUUAGCUACUAUAAGCCAUUUGCCAACACAUUGAACUGAAGUACCCUUUUUUAGUUUUUUUCAGGCCGCCCAGUACUAUUU